CGUGCUGUGCACCGAUUCCGUUGUAUUCUCGUUGUGAAGCAAACCUGAAAGAUUCAGAAACAGGAAAUUAAUAGUUUAUUGAGUAUUAUAUUACUAUGUAAGCAGUGCUUGGUUUCUUUGAAAUGACGAGAAUUAUUGUUAAAAAUUUACCAAGUUCAGUAUCAGCACAGAAACUAAAAGACACGUUUAGUCAGAAAGGUCAAGUCACAGACGUUCAACUUAAGUACGACAAAGAUGGAAACUUUCGACAUUUUGGCUUUAUUGGCUUCAAGAAUGACGCUGAAGCAGACUCAGCUCUAACCUAUUUCAACAAUACCUUUGUGGGAUCAUGUAAAAUUCAGGUUGAAAGAUGUGUAAACUUGGGAGAGAGUACUAAAGAAAGAAAAGGAAAAAAGGCCACCGAAGUUUUUCCUGCUUCUAUGCCUAUUAAAAAUGUGAAACCAGCAAAAAAGCAGGAUACAAAUAGCUUACCUGAAGAUCCUGAAUUUGCGGAAUUUCGGGAAAUACAUUCUCGCGGCCAAACAGACAAGAUUUGGGACAAUGAUGGUAUAGAUGGUUCAGCAACAAAACCUAUUCCAACAAAUAAUGGCAGCGAUACAAAUGAAGAAGCUGAUGUGACAGAUAAAAUUGCACACAAAAAGGAGCUUAGUGAUUUGGAGUACCUUAAAUCCAAAGUUGUACCUGGGGAGGAAGAGACUGACAAACCAUCAAAACUGUCUGUGAAAGUAGCCAAAACCCCUAAGGAUUACAUGCAUCUGAAAGUUAGGGGGUUUUCUUGUCAAGUUAAGAAAAAGGACAUCAAAGAGUUUUUUGCUCCUCUCAAAUUAGAUUCGAUACGGCUACCUCCUAAAGUCAAAGGUGUUGCAUACGUUGGAUUUUCUUCCGAAAAAGACAUGAAAAAAGCCCUCAAUAAGCAUCGAAGUUUCCAUGCCGGCCACAGGAUCAGUGUUGUAAAAUCUGAAAAAAAGGCAAAACUUAUUGAACACCCACAGAUCCAAAAGAAAAAUGAAGCAUGGAUUCGACAGGAAAACGACAUGAAGAAGGAAGAGACCGUGGCCGAGUCGGGAAGAAUUUUUAUUCGUAACCUCGCUUAUACGGUGACAGAAGAGGAUUUGGAAGCUCUGUUUUCGAGAUAUGGGCCUUUAGCCGAGACGCACCUUCCAAUUGAUAAAUAUUCUCGAAAAAUCAAGGGAUUUGCCUUCGUAACGUAUGUCAUACCAGAAAACGCCGUCAGAGCCCACACGGCCCUCGACGGAACUGCGUUUCAAGGGAGAAUGUUACAUCUAAUCGCAGGAAAACCGAAACCAAGUGAAGAAGAUGAUGACGAUGCUGAAGGUACUAGUUACAAGAAACAGAAGUUAAAAGACCAGAAAAAUAAAGCUUCUUCAGCUCACAACUGGAACACCUUGUUUCUCGGUACUAAUGCGGUCGCUACUUUGAUGGCUGAGCGGUAUGCGACUACCAAGGAGCAGGUUUUGUUGGAAAGCAGAGACGGUCAGCAGCAGCAACAGAGUGUAGCAGUACGUUUGGCCCUCGGCGAAACGCAACUGGUUGCAGAGACAAAACAGUUCCUUCUUGAAAAUGGGAUCGAAUUAAACGCGUUUCAAGAUGUACCAAAGCAGCGCUCGAAAACUGUGAUUUUGGUAAAAAAUUUGGACGCCCAAGCUAAUGUCGAAGAGCUUCGAGAUCUUUUUAGUCCUUUUGGUGAACUAGGCCGGGUUCUCUUACCUCCACGCGGCGUUACUGGUAUUAUUGAAUAUCUGGAACCAACCGAAGCAAAAGCAGCUUUCCGGAAGCUGGCCUAUUCAAAGUUUCGACAUAUGCCUCUUUAUCUGGAAUGGGCUCCAGUGGACGUUUUUCGAACGGCUGCUCAACGAGCUGUGUCUACACCUAUUGAAAACAAACUGAAAGUCAAAGACGAGGGAGCCGUUGCCGCUUUGGAAGAAAAUAAUCCGAUUCCUUCGGAUAAAGUUGAAGAACAGCCUGAAAAAGACACGACACUCUUCAUCAAAAACCUUAAUUUUAGUACAACCGAUGACACAUUGCGGCAGCAUUUCGAGUCCUGUGGCCGAAUUUUUUCCGCAACCGUGGCGCGAAAGAAGGAUCCGAAAAAUCCUGGUCAAUAUUUAUCUAUGGGCUAUGGAUUUGUCCAGUUUUUAUCCAAAAAAUCAACAGUUACAGCUUUGAAAGAGAUGCAAAACUCCACCUUGGAUGGACAUGCCAUUGAAUUGAAGCGUUCGAGUCGAGCGGAGAAUAAGGAGGAAACUCUUGCUACGGCAAGAAAAACUUCAUCGAAAAAUAAAGAACCAAUUUCCAGUAAAUUGCUGGUCAGAAAUAUUCCGUUUGAAGCCACCAUAAAGGAAGUGAAGGAACUAUUCAAGCCGUUUGGUGAACUGAAGGCUGUUCGCUUACCGAAAAAGUUGGCCGGAAAUGAAUCCCAUCGCGGAUUUGCGUUUAUUGAUUUUAUUACCAAACAAGACGCGAAGAGGGCAUUUGAAAGUUUGUCGGCAAGCACACAUUUGUAUGGAAGACGACUAGUACUAGAGUGGGCAGCCAGCGAGGACACGGUUGAAGAUGUUCGAAGAAGAACUACCUCCCACUUUUCAGAAGGACCUCCGACGAAACGGAACAAGAAGUUGGAUUUAGCAUCCAAUGGACAAGAAUCUGAUUGAGUUCUUUUGUUUCGCAGCAAAAACUCACUGUAAUUCCACUAAACGUCAAGUAAUACAACCUUUACAGUAAAA